AUGGCGUUACUUCCCGGAAAAAUGUUCAUCUUGGUGCAGGUGGAGGACGAAGAAAAAGUCGGUGAUUUAACACAAAAACUUGCCGUCGCCACAGACUACAAAGUGCCGAUUUCAAUCGUGAAAGACAUUCAAAAAAUAUGCCCAAAUUGCGUAUAUUUGACAAAAGCUUCGAGGACGGAGAUGGUGUCGACAACGUCGAAUUCUGGAUCUGACGAUGACGAGAAACAUCCGACGGUGUUGCACGACACUCGUAGUACUGCAAAAGUGACAUACCAAGCUCCUCAGAAAACGAAUUUGUCUCUGGCAUCGCAUCAUCACCAACAGCCACAACUACAACAGAAAACUAUUUCAAAUGUGCAACAAAGGACAAUGACACAAGCGCCAAGAACAGGACCGAUCCCGCUGAAAGUUGUGCUAGCGCCUCCAGCUCAAUCAAGAUCGUCAGCAAAUCAAAGAAUUUCCGUGGUUCCUUUGCCUAUAAAAUCUCAAAAUGCACCGCUUCCAAGAAUGGCGAAUGGACUGCAAGGGCCUGUUCCAACUUCAAAAAUGUCGAUGAGCAAUGGACAUUCUUCUUCGACAAGCGCUAUCAAACGAGAACCACCUCGUUCCAGUUUCCCAGAAGUCGCAACCCCUCAAAAGAAGAUUAAGGUGGCGGAUCCUGCUCCAGUGCUACAAAAAAUCAUCAAGGAAGAGUCUCCAGAAACUCCGAUGGAAGUGAACUUGGAGAAAAUAAUCGGAGAAGUUGCUGCUGCUGCUACAGACGAUGACGAUAAGAAUAAGUCUUCUGAAGCUUUGGUGGCUCUACUGGCUCAAUGGUCGAAUCCUACUGGCUGUGAUAUACCAUUGAAUGGAAGCAGCAGUGAUGAUAAUGAUAACGCAUCGAGUUCUAGCAAAAUAUUCGAGGAUGAUGAUAUGCCGCCUUUUAAUCCGGACAUUCUCACCAACUUGCUUGCAUCUCAACAAGCGAAUGACCUAUUCGGACAUGCUUCAAAAGAUAAUAAGUCUGAAACUGCCUCCCCUGGAAAGCGACAAGUACCGCCAAUGUUGACUGUCAAUGGAAAAACACGACGAGGACGGAUAGUGUACACUGCUCACGAGUUGAACGUUCUGGAAGACUAUUACGAGAAGGAUCCGAAUGCGUGUGCGGAUCCGAAAAAGCGCGAUAUGAUGUGCAAAACGUUGUCAAUUGAUUAUCAUAGACUAAAAGUAUGGUUCCAAAACCGACGACGAAAGGAUAAGGUGAGGUCGCUAGAAGACCCAUCCAAUAGUUCCAAUGGUCAUUCUCCGGAAGCUAUCAGUCUAUAA